AUGAUUGAGGGAAUGGUGAAGGAUGGUGUUAUUGAACCUUCAUCUAGUCCAUGGUGUUCACCUGUGGUGCUGGUAAAGAAGAAGGACGGCAGCAUGCGGUUUUGUGUUGACUAUCGCCGCCUGAACGACAUUACAAAGAAGGACAGCUAUCCCUUGCCAAGAAUUGAUGACACGCUGGAUAUGCUUACAGGCGUAAAGUGGUUUAGUACGCUAGAUCUGAAAAGUGGCUACUGGCAGGUUGAAAUUGACCCUAAGGACAAGGAGAAAACUGCAUUCUCCACAGGAAAGGGUCUGUGGCAAUUCAAAGUCAUGCCGUUUGGAUUGUGCAAUGCUCCAGCAACGUUUGAAAGGUUGAUGGAGCUUGUACUUACCGGGCUAAUUGGAGAUGCUUGUCUGGUCUAUUUGGAUGACAUCAUCAUCGUAGGCCGUACGUUUGAGGAACACCUUCAAAACCUGGAACGCGUGCUCAUGAAGAUCCAGAGUGCCAACCUCAAGUUGAGUCCAAAGAAGUGCUCACUAUUCAAACGGCAAGUUAGUUUUUUGGGGUAUGUAGUGUCGGAAGAAGGUAUCCGCACGGAUCCAGAGAAAAUUGCUGCUGUCAAGGAGUGGCCGGUCCCAAAAGACAAGACACAGGUUAGAGCAUUUUUGGGUUUGUGCUCUUAUUAUCGGCGAUUUGUGAAGAACUUUGCAGAUAUAGCCAAACCUCUGCACAAGCUAACCGAGGAGAAGCGACAAUUCUGCUGGGAUGAAAGUUGCGAUAUUGCAUUCCAGGAGCUCAAGAACCGCCUGUGCAAAACACCUAUUUUGGGGUACCCUGAUGCGGGCAAGGAAUUCAUAGUUGACACAGACGCAAGUGAUAUAGGACUUGGCGGUGUGUUGUCUCAACGGAAUGGUGAUCAAGAGAUUGUGAUAGCGUACUUCAGCAAGUCGUUGUCAAAGCCGGAAAGGAACUAUUGUGUCACAAGACGGGAAUUGCUUGCUGUGGUAAAGUCCUUGCAGCAUUUUAGCAAAUAUCUUCUAGGGCGGAAAUUCCACUUACGAACUGACCAUGCUGCACUGAAAUGGCUAUUGCAGUUCAAAAAUCCGGAAGGACAAGUUGCGAGAUGGAUAGAACUACUGCAGGAAUACGACUUUGUGAUCGAACAUCGCAGCGGGAAAUCUCAUGGCAAUGCAGAUGCAUUGUCAAGAAGACCUUGCCCUGAAGAUUGCAAGCAUUGUACUAGGCAAGAGGGUAAGGAAGUGGUAUCUGUGAGAAUGCUCAGGACAGACCAGCUCAGCAAUGAGUGGAAGGACAGCCUACAACAUGCACAGCAGGAAGAUUCGGACAUUAAGCCGAUUCUGGAAUGGAUGAAGGCCAGUGCUCCUAAGCCCAAGUGGAGCGACGUCUCAGCAAUGAGUUCGACCACGAAAAGCUAUUGGGCCCAAUGGGACAGCUUGCUGAUUCGGGAUGGAGUCCUGUGCCGUAAAUGGGAAAAUGGUCGGGGAGACAGGUGUCAUUUGCAAAUGGUUGUCCCUAAGGCUAAAGUGCCGGAUAUUCUACAGCUGUACCAUAGUGGUUGUUCAGGAGGCCACCUGGGAGUUAAACGAACUCUCCUGAAGAUCCGAGAACGGUUUUACUGGGUACCCACUGUCGUGACGAUGUCGAGGACUGGUGCCGCAAAUGUACAAGUUGUGCGGCUGUAA